CAUGAAAAUAGUCAUCUUGUUAGUCAUCAUUGUUCAAUAUGGAUUGACUCAACACCUUGUGGGCAACCUGUUACUGAGCAGUCCUCUCAGGAUAACGAAUCAAAUUCACAAGAUGUCUUAAGUAAUAGAAUUUCUAAUUAUCAGUCGAACAACUUUGUUGACCCGACGCCUUAUGAUGAACCACUCGCUAUCGAACAAUCUUAUCUUUUACCAUCUUUAGACCAUCAGAAUAAUUCGAACCAAUUUAUAGAUACAACUUAUAAUGAUAAUGAAUCACUAAAUCAUUGUUCGAAUUCGCAGGACACUUUAUAUGAGACUUCGAGCUGUCAGUUAACUCAAUUUUUGGAUCCUGUAUUUUGCAGUGAACAAUCACUUAAUGUACCUGUCGUUGAACAAUCCUCUUGUCCAAUAUCUAUAAAUAAUCAGUCAAACCUUCAAAGCAAUACAUGUGAAGAAUCUUCAAACAUUCAACAAGGUCAAUUUAUAAGUCUUAACACAGGUCCGAAUGUGGGUUUUCUGCAUUCAUUUACACUAGUAUUAAAUUCAUCAGAAGUUGAUGACAGCGAUGAAAGUUCUGAGAUUAUUAAUAACAAUGAAGGCAACAAUAAUGUUGAUGAUGAUUAUGAAUAUGCUAUGCGAUUACAGCGAAUCUAUAAUGAAGAAUUAAAUAUAGAUAAUGCGCAAGUGAUAAGUAAUUUUGAAUAUAAUCAUAAUCAAGAAGAUUUGCAUGAAUGUAAUAUGCAAGGACAUGAUAAUUUGGAAGAAUCGAGCUUAGUUACCAAUUGUCCAUCAAAUAUGAAUGAUGAUAAUGAAUCUUGUUCUGUAAUGCCGGUACAAAAUUGGCAUUCAUCAAGUGGAUGGGAUGAAGAUUUAACUGAACAACCAAACAGUUGGAAUGAGGAAAUAAAUAACACAUCAUAUAAUUAUAAUGAUUCACAAACGAUCCGGGAUGAUGAUGACCUAAGUUGGGGUUGGGAUGUUGAAGUAAAUGAUUCACCAAGCAGUUUAGAUGGUGAUGUAAAUGAACAACAGGGUGAAAAUUGGGUUACAGGUGAAUGUCAAGGCGAUAAUUGGAAUGUAGGAAUAAAUGAUCCAUCAAACAGUUGUAAUGAUACAUCAACUGUCCGGGAUGAUGAUGAUUUAGGUUGGGGUUGGGGUGUUGAAGUUGAUUCAACAACAAGUUCAGACAUUGAUGUGAAUGAACAACAAGGAGACAAUUGCGACACUUGGGUUGCGGAUGAGCAUCAAGAUAGAUGUUGGAGUACUGGACGUUCCAACAGUUGGUGGGAUGAAGAAGUAAACGAUACAUCAGUUGGUUGGGGAGAUGAAGAAAAUUUUGAUGAGACAGAACAAAGUGAAGAAAUGAUUUCAGAUGAAACUGUUUCAAAAGAAUUUGGAGCAAUUAUUAGUGAAUUCAGAAAUAAACUAGUUCGAAAGCAUCCUUCUGCAUAUGCAAAGGUCAUAGAACUUACAUCUAGAAAUCAUUAUGUAAUGUUUUCUGAAUUCAUUGAUGCUAUUAAGCAAUUUGAUGAAAAAGAUUUUAUAUAUAAACCAAGAAUUAAAUUUGAAGCAGAACCAGUUAUUGACGCAGGUGGAGUAUUCAAUGAUACUAUGCGUCAAAUUUUGGAGACAUUUCUGUUAUUGGAAAAUCCUGAAUAUGGUGGUGAUGGACAUUUGUUUACUGGAGACAAUUAUAAACUGAUUAGUUCGACCGCUCCAAUUCAUUUCAUGGAUGAACUUGAUGUAAAUAUUUAA